AUGGCCCCGACCCUCAGUGAAAUGACACCGGCGGAGGCCGAAUCCGUCUACUUCAAUGAAUAUCCACCCCCGAAAAAUCUCCCAAAUCAUGAAGCGCUCGCCCGAGCAUUCAUUGACCUCCACGUCGAAGCGAACCGGCGCGUGGCCCUGGUGACCUCGGGAGGCACAACCGUGCCGCUCGAAGCGCAGACGGUGCGGUUCAUUGAUAAUUUCUCCGCCGGUACCCGCGGCGCCACGUCCGCCGAGUAUUUUCUGGAGCAAGGGUAUGCGGUGAUCUUUCUACAUCGCCAGUACAGCCUCCUGCCGUACUCGCGUCAUUACAGCCACUCGACGAACUGUUUCUUGGACUUCAUGGACGAGGCGCCGUCGAACUCGGACCAGGGACAUAUCGUCGUGCGCGACGAGUAUCAAAAUGAGAUGCGCGAUGUGCUGCGCAAGUACCGCUACGCCAAGCAGAACAAUCUGCUUCUCCUACUACCGUUCACCACUGUUGCGGAGUACAUGUUCGAGCUGCGGUCGCUGGCGAAAUUGAUGCGACCACUCGGCGCCAACGCGCUCUUCUACCUGGCUGCGGCCGUCAGCGACUUUUUCAUCCCGCGCAGCCGCAUGGCGGAACAUAAGAUCCAGUCCAUGGAGGUGCCUGCCCAUUUCGACAGAGAGGACGAUAUCUACACUGGCGAGAACGAGGAUCAACCAUCAACGCAGCGGAAAAAGCUCGUCAUCGACCUGGACCCCGUCCCCAAGUUCCUGCACCGCUUAGUCGACGGCUGGGCGCCGGACGGGAGCAUGGUCAUCUCCUUCAAGCUGGAGACCGACCCGGGCUUACUAGUCUACAAGUCCCGCACAGCGCUCCAGCGAUACUCGCACCACCUAGUCAUCGGCAAUCUGCUCUCAACCCGGAAAUGGGAGGUGGUCUUCAUAACCCCCGAUCCGCCGCAUGAGCGCUGGAUCCGCGUACCCAAGGCGCGGCGGAGCAAGAGCAUCUCCGGUGUCGAGGACCAGGUCGGCUUGGCGGAGGCUAGGAGGCUGAAUGUCUCGGUGCCGGCCCCAGAUGCAGAGGUGGAGGCGAACCCCGUUGCUGCUGAGCAAGGGAAGAGUCGCGAUGGGAUCGAGAUUGAGAGCUUGAUUAUCCCGGAGCUGGUUAAGAUGCAUACAAAGAUGGUGGAGAAGAAGGCACAGCGAGAUCAUCAAUGA